AUGCACAUGUGGCUCAUUCCAGAACUGGAUUCGAGAGAUUCUAAGUCGGCUUUUCCAUAUAGUCACACAACAGCGCAUGAGCAGGAGAAGCCCGUCAUACCUACGCAGGAAGAAAGGUCUGACAGGACUAGAGGAGAAGUCGAAGUAGGUGAAUCCUCCACACCAGUUGUUAAUAGCCUGGAAACUGGAAAACUCAAGAAGACCAAAAGCGGAAAAUCAAGUCGGGUGUUGAAAUUUCUAUCCGGAAACUACGAAAAAAAGGUAGAGAGGCCGACUUGA